AUGAACUAUUAUAAUAAUUAUAACGUUAUAAUUGUGUAAUUGUUGGGGCUACCGUUUUAAUUGCAUAUUCAAAAAGUCGAUCUGAGUGGAAAAAAAUAGAUUAAUUUAGAAUUAUAAUUAAUUUGGAGGUUAGAAAUUGGAGCCUAUCUACAGAAAAAAAAAUGCAUAUUUUGGAAAUCGGCGGUAGUCAUUGGAAGGAUGGAUCACAUCAAUGCAGAUAUUGUGGUAAAUCGUUUAAUAAUUUGGAAGAGUUGCAAGAUCAUAUAAAUCGUGAACAUAAACGUUUGGACGAUUCUUAUUCAGAUAGAUUGUAUAACAAAGAUUUCUUCCAUUUUAACCUGCAAGGCUUUCUGUUUAAGUUUUAUUCAAAAAUAAUUUCUGCAAAACCUGAAAUCGAUUUCCAAAUAUCAGUGGAAGAAAGUGGUGUUGACGAGAGAGGUUUUAAAAAUUCAGAACAAUUUGAACGUAAAAAUAAAAUGGUACUUGAAUUUUUGAAGAGUAAAAAUCAGAAGAAAAAAAAUGUUGAAGAUCCACCAGAAAAUUUGCAAUUUUGUUCGGAAAGUAUGGACAAAAAUUUUAUUCCAUCAAAGACUCAGAUUAAUUAAGAAAAUUCAAAGGAUCUCUUGUUCUACAAAAUCUAAUAGUUAAGAGCAGAUGAUGAUCACUUUUCUAUCGAAAUCAAAAUUUUCUUUAUAUUUAAUUAUAUUAUAAAACAUUUCCUAAAUUGUAAUUUCCAAAGUUAGAACAUUAAAAUAUUUGAAGUAAUAAAAUGAUUUUA